AUGGCUGGCUUUCUUAUGAAACAAAUGGUUGGUGGAAAAUUGAAUGAAAUGAAAGGUGGAAUUGAUAAAUUGACCGGUGAUAAAGAUGGUGAAGGUGGCGAGAAAACAGAAUCCGGUGAAGAUCCUGAAGUUGUAGCAGCACGAUUAGAACAGGAAGAACGACGGAAAGAACGUCAUCGAAAAAUGGAACGAGAACGUGAAAAAAUGCGCCAAGAUAUUCGCUCAAAGUAUAACAUUCAAAAGAAAGAAGAUGGUAUCGGCGGUCUACCAUUUGACAUGUCAAUGGAUGGUCGUAUUGUUGGUCCAUCGAUAAAGAAAACUCCAGAACAAAUUGCGCAAGGAAUGGAAGACGACGACAGUCUUAUCGGUCAACUUGGCUUAACCGAGCAAGUCGAAAAGGCAAAAACUGCCGUGAGUGAAGCAUUGGAAACAGUAAAAGGCUUUUUACCAUUUGGAAAAUAA